AUGGGAUAGAGUUGUUAAUAGCAGCAUCAUUAAACUAUAGAUUAAAGUGAAGUCUAAUACUAAUUAAUCUAAAUCAAACCAAUUUCUCAUAGAGAUUAAAUAAAGAGACCCAUAUUUGAAAUCUAUUAAAUCAAUAGCAGAAUAGAAACUAUGGAUGAAAUCAACGAACUAGAUUUAGAUACAACUAAAUCUAAAAAGCAAAUUAAUUGUUCUUCUUAACAAUUUCAAUCAAAUUUCUCCUUAGGAGUUCAAUAAUAAAAACUUAUUCUAAAAAAUUAAAUAAAAUCUUUUGGCGGAGAUAUCUCCUAAAUUUUCAAUAAAAAAAAAUAAAAAAUUAAUUAUAGAGAAUCAGAAUAGAGUAGAAUAGUUGAAAUAUUUAGAGAAUAAAAUAGAAAUGCAACAUCUUUUUGUGCUAGAAAUAGUGAAACUAGUCAAUCUCCAUUAUAAUAAUGGAUAAAAAAUCAGAGUCCUACUUAUGAAUCAUUAAAAAAUGAAAUGAAAUCUAUUCGUUCAAUUAAUAGUUCAAAUUAAGAGCAACAAAUACCUGGUAUUUUGAGAGAAAAGAAGGUUAAGUCGAAAUCUCUAUAUUAUAAAAGAAGUGUGCGUUUUUAAUGUUGAUAAAGAAAUGUAACUAACUCUAUGAAUUUAUAAAUAAG